AUGGGGAUCCGCAAGGUGAACUGGGUCGACGGCUGGCCCUCCAUCUGGACGCGGCUCGAGACGCAGUGGACGGCAGACGCGGCGAGCGCUGGUCAGGUGCUCAGCGUUGCGCUGAAGAAUGCGGGAGAGGCCUCGUCGACUGCCGGGUUCGAUGUGGUGUCCCUCCACGUGUCGCUGCCCGCGUCCUCGCCCUCGCCCUCGCCGCCACAAUCGACGCCAGCUACGUGCUCCCCGUCCUCCUCGAGCACGGUGCUGGAUACGGUGAUUGUCGGUGCCGGCGGCGCCGGCCUCUUCGCCGGAUACACCUUGCAGCGGAAUGGCUACGAGUCCUUCCGGCUCCUGGAAGCGUCGUCCAGUGUUGGUGGCCGGAUCCGGGACGUCCCUGCAGACUUUACCGGAGACGGCUUCCGGCUCGACCUCGGCGCGGCGUUCGCGUUCAAUGGCAUCGACGGGUUGCGACAGGUUCUUGACCUGAACGAAGAUGAGGAUUUUGACACCCCGGUGUCCCUCUUCGACCCUGACAACACGCGUUCGUGCGACAUCAGCAGCGGCGGCAGCGUGACGUGCGAGACGCUCGAUGGGUCGGGAAUUGUCGAGGAUGUGUUUGUCAACGGAACCUACUUUGGCUACCUCUCCAGGUACGUCAUCCCGUAUGUGAACAGCAAGAUCGAGCUGGACACCCGCGUGACCACGGUGAACUACAGCGAUGGUGACUGGGUCACGGUCUGUACCUCGAGCGGGCAGACCUAUCAAGCCAAGUCCGUCGUCAUGGCCGUGCCACUCGCCGUGCUCCAAGACGGGGCCAUUGCCUUUGAGCCGCCCCUUCCACCAAGCUACCGGAAUGCGAUAGAUUCGAGGCCAAACGUGGGCGGCCUUCGCUUCUGGGUCGAGUUCAGUGAGCGGUUCUACGCGGAGAACUUGCAGAUCUUCCGAGAGGACAGCUUUGCGACGUACUACUUCGACGCGACGUUUAGGACGGCACGCCGCCACCACACAUGCCCGUGCCCAGUGUCGUACUCCCGGGUAAAAUUCUUUUGCAUUUGGUGUACCUGUGUUUAA